UCAUGUGACAUCAUCACGAGCGAAGCCCCUGAAACUAGCGGAAGCAGAGGGACUUUUCGCUUCCCACCAUCUACAAUCAAAGCAGGCCGCUAUUAAUUAAAUAUCCGACAGAGCGCUCUGAGUCGCGCGGUUUUCUGCACAGUCAUCAAGAAUCACCGAAAAUGACGGUGGCAGUGUUUUUUGGCUGUACCUUCAUUGCCUUCGGCCCUGCAAUCGCUCUGUUCCUGUUUACCAUCGCCCGGGAGCCUCUGCGGGUCAUCUUCCUCAUAGCAGGAGCGUUUUUCUGGCUUGUCUCUCUCCUAUUGUCCUCUCUGGUUUGGUUUAUCUCCGUUCAGGUAAGUAAUAAGGACAGUGCGGUUCAGCAGAAAGGACUCCUCAUAUUUGGCGUGGUGCUGUCCGUCCUCCUGCAGGAGACCUUCCGCUUCGCUUAUUAUAAACUGCUGAAGAAAGCAAACGAAGGCCUCCUCACCCUCAGUCAGGAGGAAACCAUGCCCAUCUCUAUCCGACAACUGGCCUACGUGUCUGGCCUUGGCUUUGGAUUCAUGAGUGGCGCGUUCUCCGUGGUGAACAUUCUGGCUGACUCUGUUGGCCCGGGCACCAUCGGGAUCCAUGGAGACUCGCAGCACUACUUUUUGUCUUCAGCAUUCAUGACGAUGGCCAUUAUCCUUCUCCACAUGUUCUGGGGUGUGGUCUUCUUUGAUGCCUGUGAAAAGCAGCAAUGGUGGGCAGUUGCUACCGUUGUCAUCAGUCACUUGGUCGUUUCCUGUCUGGUGAGUGAUGUGCGAGGGGAAGGCGGGUUGGUGGCUCACGCUGAGAAAACGCAAGAUCGCCUACGCCGGCCGCUUUGCGAUCAUGUAUCCAGUUCACAUACUGAAAACCGAAAACUAUCAAACAAGUGAAGCGUGUUUGUUAAUAGCGGCACGGUGAUGCACAUUCACUCACAAUGUAUGUGAACCUGAAGAAGCACAUUAAGCUGCAGUACAGUGGGUACGGAAAGUAUUCCAUUUUUCACUCUUUGUUAUAUUGCAGCCCCUUAUUCAGACCCUUUACUGUGACACUCAUUGAGUCCAGCUGUGUUUGAUGAUACUGGUUGGACUGGGAUGUCACUUGAUUACACACGCCACAGGGCCAUCAAUCGACCAUAUACAGCGGCUGAAACAACUUCAUUUCUGACCUUAUUUGUUCUACUUUCUCUGUCUGUAUGGAUUACUUGGGUUGUUCCCAACAUCUGGUGAAUUCUCCACGUCAAUAGCACCGUUGGAAAUAUAUUUAGUGAUAAAAAUGGUGACGUGUUAAAUUGAUUUCAGCCGCGCUAUGUGAAAUAAGCGUAAAUGUUAACGCAUGCAUUGAACAAACUACUGGUAACAAACACAUUAAUAGCAAAGGUGAAUAUAUUAUAUAUAUUUUUUUUUUUUGACUAUAAUAAUUCAAAUGAGGAUAAGACGAGAGAGAUGGGAACGCCACGCUAAUCGCUAAGCUAUCACAUGACAUCGCAAAACCCCCAAAUUGAUAGCAUGCUACAGUACACUUGUCACCUCGGUCUGGCUGAAACCACAUUGCAGCAGAGAUGAGCCAACUGUGAAGAGCAAAAUAGUGCAUGUAUAUGGAGGGAAACCGUUCCAUACAACGCUAGGCUGUACAGAGACGAAUUGGUAAGUCACUUGAGAAAGCGAACCCAUCAUUUCAAAGUACAUAACCUUUAUUAGUCCCACCACGGGGAAAUUUGCAUCAUUUGAGCAACAAUACUGGAUCCCGAAAAUACAAAAAGAGCAUGCAAGAGAAGACACUUGGCUCCAAAUGUUUCCGGCAUUACAAGGUUGAUACAAUAAAUAUAUAUAAAAAUAAAUGUUGAAGCCGUAAUUUAUGAAUGAUUAUGGAUUAAUAAUUAUGUCGUGAAAUGUAACAUGUUCUUGUAUGAGAAGCGCUAACGAAUAAAGUUGGAUUGAUUUGAUUGAU